AAUACAUUUAAUGUAUAUAGUUUUUUAUUAAGAACAUUCGAACUACGUUUCCCAUCAGCAACCACAUCACGCAAGGCUAAUACUACUUCCUGUAACACGAUUUCAAAAUAAGAUCGCUUCCGCAUGUUUUUCGCUUCAUCAUUCAGUUUAUCGAGCGCACAUUCGAGUCCCGGCUUUUAUUUUGAAAUCCGGGUCGUUCCUCCGUGUUUGGUCGUGCCCUGGCGGAGCCACCGAUCGCCUUCACCGGUGUCGUUGGAUCCCGUGCGCGCGGGAGGCUUCCAGGUACCGGGGCAACAGGACCGCCGCUCCGCGGCCAUGAGGCUCCGCCUGGCCGGCGCCGCGCUGCUGGCCGCGGCCUCGUACUACGUCUACCUGCCGCUGCCGAGCGGCGUCAGCGAGCCGGGGAAGCUGAUGCUGCUGGACGCGCUCAUCCGGGGCUUCAUGCAGGCGAGCGACAUGGCUCACGCGCUGGGCGUGUGCCACCGGGUCCACCUGCUGAACCAGGUGGUGUCGUGGGUGGAGGAGGUGGGGGCUCGCUCCUGCUCCGCCGUGCACGUGAGCGACUCCUCGCUGGGCGGCGUGCCGGCCCGCGUCUUCAGGCCGACGGCGGGCGGGCGGCCGAAGAGGGGGGUCGUUUAUUACCACGGAGGGGGCUGGGCGCUCGGCAGCGCGCGGAUGAGGUCAUACGACAGACUGUGUCGCAAGAUGUCGGAGGACCUGGACGCGGUCGUCAUAUCGGUGGAUUACCGUCUGGCUCCAGAGGCGGUGUUCCCGGACCAGUACCACGACGCGCUGGCGGCGGCACGGGCCUUCCUGUCGGCUCCGGUUCUGGAGCGCUACGCCAUCGACCCGGGGCGGGUGGGCGUGUCCGGGGACAGCGCCGGGGGGAACCUGGCCGCCGCCGUGGCCCAAGAGCUGAGCUCAGACGACACGGUGCCGGUGAAGUUCAAGGUCCAGGCGUUGAUCUAUCCGGUGCUGCAGGCGCUGGACUUCUACACGCCGUCCUACCAGCAGAACGCGGCGGUGCCCAUCCUCUACCGGCCCGUCAUGGCCCGCUUCUGGCUGCAGUACCUGGGCGCCGACGCCUCCCUGGAGCCCGUCCUGCUCGCCAACAACCACAGCUCCCUGGACCAGCCGGCCGCCGCCGCCGCCGCGCGCUCCAAGCUGGACUGGACCGCUCUGCUGCCGGCGGAGCGCAGGAAGCACUACCGGCCCGUGGCGAGGGAAACGGGCUCGCCGCAGGUGACGCUCGCCGUGCCGCAGCUGCUGGACGUCCGGGCGGCGCCGCUGCUGGCGGAGCCGGGCGUCCUGCGGGCGACGCCCCGAGCGUACGUGAUGACCUGCGAGUUCGACGUGCUGCGGGACGACGGGUUGAUGUACGUCCGGCGCCUGAGGGACGCCGGCGUCGCGGUGACCAGCGACCACUACGAGGACGGCUUCCACGGCUGCAUGGCGUUCGCCUUCGCGCCGGUUCUGUCCAGCGUCGGACGGAGGAGCGCCGACAACUACGUCCGCUGGCUGGACCAGAAUCUGUAGAAGAAGAAGAAGAAGAAGAAGAAGAAGGUUUGUGGCGCCGACUGGAGCAGAAGGUCCGGUACCGGAGAACCCCCGUUGGUUCUGCAGAGAGGUAACUUGCUUUCAGGAUGGUGGUCCUGGCUUCAGGGCGGCCCGUGGUCUACUGCAGAACCCAGUCCUUAAAACCCAGAAAGGAGUCGGUCUGUUUGCACUUCCUGUUUUCUUGACUUCCUGUUUCUUUGACUUCCUGUUUCCUCGGCCGCGACUUCAACGUGGUUCUGGUUCCGACGUCUGAAAUCUGAUCCGAUCCAGAAGGGUUCUCACAUGUAGUCCUCCGGUGUAGAACCUUCUGGUGGAUCUUAAAGAGUCUGAGUGGAGUCAUGUGACCGUGGUGGAGCUCCUCUGUGGGCUAACGUUAGCUAACGUUAGCUCCUUACUUUACACUUCAAACAUCAUCAAAGUGAUUCAGAUUUUCGGGUCAACUAAACGUGUGAGUCACAAACCGAUGUUAUUUAAAAUCCAAACGAAGACUUCCUGUUGGCCCACUAAGACACGCCCACAGAAACACGCCCACAGGGACACGGCCACAGAGACAUGCCCACAUGGACACGCCCACAAAGACACUCCCACGGGGACACGCCCACAGGGACACGCCCACACCCACAAAGACACGCCCCCCCCCCCCCCCCCCCCCCCCGGCGCUCAAACACGUCUCCAAAAGAAACACCAAAACAUUUUUAAUCCAAAGAAAGAAAAAAAUCUUCUUUUUAUUUUAACGACACAUUUUGAAACCAUGUUUCGAAACUAAAUAAAAUGAACGGAACUGAGAUUAAAAAUAAUCAUCGUCAUGGCAACCAGUCAGGUCCAACUUCCAACUUCUGGUCUGCUCCUUUAUAAAAUGAUGAAAAGAGAGAAUCCAGAAACUUUGAGACAGUGUGUGUGUGUGUGUGUGUGUGUGUAUGUGUGUGUGUGCGUGUGUGCGUGUGCGUGUGCAAAGUGGGCCAGAGUUCACAGCUGUGUGUACUCUGGAUUGUGCAAUAUUGUCCGCGUGUCUGUAACUUGAUGACCACUGUGAUGAAGAUGAUGAUGAAGAUGAUGAAGUGACGUGUGUGUGUAGCUGCGUCGCCGUGAGAGGAGGGAUCCCAAAUGGAGGGAUCCCAAAUGGACUAUCGGGUUCUCUUUGCUGGACCAGAACUUGAAGAACCGGCGAGCGUCAGUCGGACUCACACAGGAACUGGAGGAGACCGCGGUUCUCCGGUUCCCUUACGCUGAUCAGAACCACAGGGUUCUGAUGGGUUUUUCUCAAAGAAGAACCCUUUUGGGUUCCCCACCUGAAACCUGUUCAGAAGGUUUUUUUAACCUAGAACCCAACACAAGGGUUCCACCCAGAACCCUGUGUGAGGGUUUCAUCCAGAACCUUUCCACCUCACAAGAACCCACCCAGAGGGUUCUACAGAGAACCCUUUAUUAUAGUUCAACGGUUAAGUCGAGUACCAUCCAAAGGGUUCUACCGACAACCAAGAAUCUCCUGGAUGGGUUCCUGAUGGGUUUCAUCUAGAACCCUUGGAGAACUCUUUCUUCCAAGAGAACAGGGUUCUUUGGAUGAGAACGGUUCUAUGUGGAACCCACCGCCUCCAAAAUAAAAGUUUUUUCAGAAGCAGGGGGUUCUGGGUAGAACCCGAGCCGUCCAGUGAGAACCGGUUUGGGAGAAAAGAGAAAAGGAACGACCUCUGAAUGUUUAACCUUUAACACUGAAAUGAAACUUUAAUUAAUUUAUAUUCUAUAAAUGAGGUUUUAAUAUAAGUUGGUAGGACAUCCCAUAAUGAGGCUCGUCAUUGAUCACAAUAUUCUAAACACGUUUAUUUUAUUGUAUGUUUGUGUUUUUACUGCGAGGACGAUAAGCUAAAAAUACAUGCUGCCACGUGUAUUACAUCAUGUAUUAUUAAUUAAUAUUACAUCAUCGUGUAUUAUUAAUUAAAAUGACAUCAUCAUGUAUUAUUAAUUAAAAUGACAUCAUCAUGUAUUAUUAAUUAAAUUACAUCAUCGUGUAUUAUUAAUUAAUUUAACAUCAUUGUGUAUUAUUAAUUAAUAUUACAUCAUUUAUUAAUAUGGUAACUACCUAGAGAGCCGAUACAGGAUGAUCAAUAUUUUAUAUAUAAUAAGUGGUGAAAUAUUAUAUUAUUAUUUGUUUUUCCGGCAAAUGGAAUUAGUUUUUUUUCUUCUUUUUUAUUUUUUAAACGAUCCGAUUAGUUAAAUUGAUCGAUUUGUUUAAAUGUAUCGAUCAGUUCAAUGAGAGGAAAUAAAUCAGCAAUGUUUGUCAUUUUGAUCUUUUUUAAAAUCAUUGUAAACAUAACAUGUUGGUAUUUUUUUGGAAAAAAAUAAAUAUAUCUAUAUAUAUUAACAAAUAUAUAUUUAUAUAUAUUUUAAUAUAUAUCUAUAAAAUAUAUUAAUAUAUUUUUUAUAGAUAUAUAUUUUUAAUCUAUAUAUGUUUUUAUAUAUAUAGAAACAUCUCUAUAUAUAACAAUAUAUAUAAAAGUAUAUAUAUUUAAAACGUAAUUUGUUUCAAAGUCAAGAAAAGGUAAAUAAAACUACAUGUUUAUUAUCUUUAUUUAUAUUAUAUGUUUAUUCUUAAUACACACCUGAUGGAUGUAUAUCAUGACACCAAAAAAUAGAUUUAAAAGAGAAAGAGCACAUUGUUAUCACUGUUUGUUUACUUGUUUACUGUUUGUGUUUACUGCUGCCGUUCUCUUCCUGUUGGUCAUGUGACCUGCAGGUCACCAGAUAUGGUGGUUUGAUUCCUCUUUAUCAAUAAUAAUUGAUAACUGUGAUGUGUGUGUGGGGGGGGGGGGGGGGGGGGGCAUAGAGCUGCUCUAUUUACUCAUGGAAAAUGUUCACAAUUUACUAUUGUUGUAUCUAUUUAUGAAAUAAAGAUCAUAUGACACACA